CUUUAUUUGCACGUGUGGGUGGAGGUAUAUAUACGAAGGCGGCAGACAUAGGAGCAGACUUGUCAGGAAAAAAUGAAUACGGUAUACCUGAAGACGAUCCGCGAAACCCUGCAUGUAUAGCAGACAAUGUCGGAGAUAAUGUAGGAGAUAUUGCGGGGAUGGGUGCAGAUCUAUUUGGCUCUCUUGCUGAAGCAACAUGUGCAAGUCUUGUUCUAGCAAGUGCUCCUCCGGCUUCAUCUCCAGCUGCUGCUGCUGCUGCUGCUGGUAGUGUUGCUGCAGGUAGUACUAGUGGUGUUGAGGGUAUUUCGUCGUUUCUUUUUAGUAAUGAGGGUGCAGCAACAGCAGCAGCAGCAGCAGCAGGAACAGCAGCAGCAGCAGGAGCAGGAGGAGGAGGUGGUGCAGCAGGAGCAGGAGCAGGAGCAGCAGCAGCAGCAGCAGCAGAAGGGUUAUCGCAGCACUUUGCAGGUUUAAUGUUUCCGAUAGUUAUAUCUUCUCUAGGCAUUGUCGGAGGCUGUGCAACUGUAUAUAUUGUAAGGCGAUGGUACUCUGUUAGAGCAGUAGAAGAUAUAGAAAAGAGCUUGAAAGCAGUUUUAUUUUUAAGCACAGUUGUACAGACCCCUUUACUAAUAGCAGCAGCCUAUGCAUUUCUACCUGCUGAGUUUGCAGUUUUAAACAGAGAAGAAGAAGGACAAGUGUUUAUAACUUAUCAAUGGCGAGCAUUACUAUGUGUCUUAUUAGGCUUGUGGGGCGGCUUAGGGAUAGGAUUAACAACAGAAUAUUAUACAUCGCAUUCAUACAGACCGGUUAGAGAGAUAUCUGCAGCACAGCAAUUAUCAGCAGCAACAGGAAUAAUAUACGGUUUAUCUUUAGGAUAUCUAUCAGUAGUAAUACCGAUAAUAUGUUUAGCUGUAUGCAUAUGCUGUGCUCAAGCUUUAUGCGGUGUAUUCGGAGUAUCUCUUACUGCUCUAGGGAUGCUUUCUACUCUUCCUGUCUGCUUAAUGAUUGACGCCUUCGGCCCUGUCAGCGAUAAUGCCGGAGGCAUCGCUCAAAUGUCAGGCUUAGCCCCGGAAGUCAGAGAGAAAACCGAUGCUCUUGAUGCUGCAGGAAAUACUACUGCUGCUGUUGGCAAGGUAAUAUAUAUAAUAUAA